AAGAAGAAGAGGAAGAGGAAGAAGAAGAAGAAGAAGAAGAAGAGAGAAAAAAAAACAUCAAGAAGAAGAAGAAGCAGCAACAGCAGCAGCAGCAGCAGCAGCAGAAGAAGAAGAAGAAGAAGAAGAACAACAACAACAGUGUCUAAGAUGGAGGAAGCUGUGCUAAUUUAGUUUAAUACAGUCCCUUAGCAGGACAAAAUUGCAAGUCCUUUUGCAUAAUUGUCAUGCAGUGGUGACACAAAAUCAAGACGACGGUUUAGCUGUUUGCUUCUUAAACCUGUCGUAUUUUUUAGUGCUAGCUAGCUAAUAGUGUAGGCUCGUGGUGCUAGCCUGAUUGCUAGCUUCAGCUAACGUUACAAACGUAACCUAACUUCAGCUUUACUCACAACGACACACAAGAUAAUCACUAGCAUUGUGGUGUGACCAAACUUUUGUCUUUUUUGAAGCGGAUAAUCAGGACACAACUACAGAAAAUAUGUCUGAUUCCCCAUGUGAGUCUGUUCCCUCCACAAGUGAAACUCGCAGCAAGAGGACACAAUUGGAGGAUGGUUCAGACUCUCUCAGUGUAAUAAAAAAAGCAGUGGUGGUCCUGACCAGACUCCCUGAAUAUAAGAUCAGCGCUCUGCGACCACCAACGCCUCAGCAGUUCUACAGUGAAGACGAAUCCCUCAGCAGCUCUGAUUCUGAUAUGCAGUGGGAACCAGAAGGAGGUUCUAGUGAUUCUGAUUUCUCAGUCUCAAACAAUAAACAGAAAACUGGAAAACCCACCAAGAGUGACACAACAAGAGCAUCUGCACCACAAACGAGUGGGAAUAACAACAACAAUGUGGCAGAACCAGGCCCUGUCAUAAUAUCAUCAGCUUUUGCCCAUUGCUCUCAUGAAACCACAAAGAUCCGUCCUAACUUGCCAGAAGAAGAGGUCAAAGUGGACAUGAUGGUCCUGGCCAGGAAGAGGCACAUGAGAUGGCAACGGGGGAAAAUAGUGGAGAUUGUAACAAGGGAAGAUGGACGGUUGAAGUACAAAGUUAGUUUUGAAGAAAAGGGGAAGAGCCUUGUGUCUGGCCACCACAUUGCCUUUGACACCACGCCGAAGCUGGAGCAGCUGUAUGUCGGUGCUCGUUUGGUGGUCGGGUGUCAAGAUAACAAGUUCCGGUUUUGGCCUGCUAUUUUGGCAGAGCUCCCCAGCAGAAAGAACCGCUUAAGGUUCCUGGUCUUUCUGGAUGAUCACAUACCAGUUUAUGUUGGUUUACCUUUACUUCACCUCGUGUGCAGACCAUUAGAAGACGUUUUAGACGACAUUCCAGAAAGCCCUCACAAGUUUUUCAUGAAGCAAUACCUGAAGGACUGGCCGUACCCACAUUUAACCCAGUACAGGGCAGGACAGAUCCUUAAUGCAGAAUUAAAUGGAGUCCAGCAGAGGUGUGAGGUGCAGGUGGUUGACUGCAGCUUGAUACAGGUCGUUUUUCAGGAUAAUCAGCAUAAGGAGUGGAUCCAUCGAGGCUCCACGCGACUUGAACACAUGGCUAGAUUUUUGGAAUUGAAAGGAGUGGAAGAGCACGAGGCUGAUUCUGAUUAAAAGUCUGCAAAAUUCAAUAAUAUCCAUCAUUAUCACCCUGAAAUGAUGUGCCAUUGGAUUUUUUUGGGAAACAUUACCGAACCAUUUCAGCCCAAAAUAAGAUUUGCUGUUUAGAUGAGUGCACAUGAAUGACACAAGCCAGAUGUUUUUUCCAAUAUGAUUGUCUUUUUUUUAUUUUCUUCUCAUUAAAAAAAACAAAACAACUUUUAUUUAUUGUUCAAAUGUGCAUAGAUAUACACUCACUAGCCACUUCAUUAGGUACACAUGUACAAUAUAAUGCUCUGCCAUGAAUUCUACUUUUAUGAAGCUUAUCAUAUUUCAGUUUUUGCUGACACAGAAAGAUAAUUAUUCUACUUUUUGUUUAUUAUUGAGGUCAUAGUGGGUGGUGGUGUUGUACUGGAGUGCAUUAUAUUGACAGGUGUUUCUAAUAUUCUGGCCCUCUCAUGUAUGUAAAUGGGGUAAAUAUUAGAAACACCUCUCAAUAUAAUGCAGUUCAGUUCAGCACCACUGCAAACAACAACCUCAAUAUGUAGUUAAAUUAAUACUUUUCUGACAAUCAAUCAAAACUGAACAUUAUUAUCUUUGUAAAGGCACAAUUUAUGGCAGAGCUGUUGUAUUGGAUCACAUAAGAUUGUACAAGUGUACCUAAUGAAGUGGCCCUUGAGUGCAUUUACUUAGAUAAUGCCUUUCCAAAUAAAUGUGUGCAUCAUUUACGCAUUGAAAACAUACUGAACAAGUCAUUUUUCAGAAAUGUAAAUUUAUGUUAAAUUUUAGUUAUGUAAUUUUUUUGCAGGGUUACAGACGAUUUAAAUAUGCAAUUAAUCCAGUCUUUCUAUGAAGGCAACCCCUCUUUUAUCAAUUUUAUCUAGCACAGAGAAGAUAAACACUAACACUUAAAACAUUCUAGUGUAACACUUUUAUCGAACAAGUGGCCUGACCAUCCAAAUACAUUUUUUUCUGUUUUCAUUUGUGCACUUGUAUACAGUACAGUUUAACGGGUGUCAUUAAUUAACAGAAACCAUAGUUCUGUUAAUAACACCCAUUAAACUGUUCAUAUAAAACAUCUUGGCCACAUUAAAAUAUAUUUUUUCCAGUAUUGUUUAAAGCAAAACUCUUGAUGUGAUAUUUGUUGUAACAUUUUGAAAAAGUGAGAGAAGGUGCUACAUCUUCAGCAUGUGUUGAAAUUUGCCAGUGUGGAGUUUUGGAAAGCUGGAGCGAUCGAGUUAGACAUUACUGUAAAUGUUUUUUGAUGAUGCCUAUAAUCUUUCAGUUGUAUGAAUUUAUUAUGUCCUAUUUGUUUUUAGUCUUGUCACUUGUUAAGAUCUGGGAACAAAUUGUCCAGCGCAAUGUCAAUGAUUCCUUAUAUGGACUUUAGAGUCAACAGCUUUUUUUAUUCUUUUUUUGUUCAUCUAGCCAAUGAUCAGCAUUUUCACUUUGAUUUUCAUGUAUUUCAUUGCUUUGUAUAGAAUUCUGUUUGUCAUUCUUUUGUAAAGAAUAAUUAAAAAAAACAUUUUACAUUGUAUAUUAGCUUGUCAUUUGCAAGUGUUCCCAGCCCAUAUGAUACAUUAAUGCCCCAGCCUCAUUUCCAGAGAUGUAUAAACAAAUCUAAUUUCUCAA